CUUGAUCAUACCUCAAACAAACACUUGAAUAGUACACUACUACACUAGUCCCCCCUUCUCCAUAAACAGAGAAAAAAAAAACCAUGUUCAUUAUGAAAACCUCACUUCCUAAAUUUGCAUUUGCCCUACUACUAACCACCCUACUUCAUGUUAAGUGCCAAGCACAAAACACCCCUAAGGACUACAUCGCUGUGCACAACGCAGCCCGAGCAGCGGUCGGAGUCGGACCCUUAGCAUGGAGCGACACCGUAGCUGCGUACGCUCAGCAAUAUGCCAACCAAAGGGCCGCCGACUGCCGAUUGGUGCAUUCAAAUACAAACUACGGCGAGAACAUAGCCGAAGGUUCUGGAUCUUAUGGCGCAUUGAGUGGUGUAGAUGGGGUGAAAUUGUGGAUUAAUGAGAAAUCAAUGUAUGAUUAUCAUUCAAAUUCUUGCACUAAUGGGGAUUGCGGGCAUUACACUCAAGUAGUGUGGAGAGAAUCGGUGCGUUUGGGUUGUGCAAGAGUACUUUGUAAAAACGGUGGAGCGUUUAUCACAUGUAAUUAUGAUCCUCCUGGCAAUUACAUUGGAGAACGUCCUUAUUAGAGAUUGCAACUUCAUCUUGCGCGCUUUCUAUGAAUAAUAAGUUAAUCAUCCUAUUAUCCUAUAGUUUGAGUCUAGUAAAAAUUGUGUCUUAUAUUAUUUUUAAUGACUUUGUAAUCGUAUCUGUCUACUUGAUUGGAACUUAAAUUUGAGAAAGGAACAAAUACACUUUUCUCAUAAUUAAGAGCUCCAUCAGCAAGAAUGACAUUGAUGCAUGGAUCAGUAACUUGUCAUGAUGUUAUGUUGAAAUUAUAAAUUAUCCGCAAAUAUAUGUUCCUUAAUAAUUCAUGCAUGAGUGUAUUUUUGUUAAAAUUGAGAGUUUACGGAGGAAGGAGGUAGAAGAAAGAUACAGAAGGAAGAUUGAAGGUA